GGCUUCCACGAACUCGACACCUGGUAAAUUAUACACACACUCGUCACAAGUUAAGUCGGCACUGAACUAACUCGACACAAGCAUAGAUUAUGCGUAUUCCGAGGUUGUGGGUGCCGAGCCGAGCAUGAUGUGUCGUUUUGCAGGGCACCAGAUUAAAUGGUAUUGACGUCGGCAGGUUUCAACUGGUCUAGUACCGAGAUCAUAAUCACUACUGCUCAAUCUUCAGGAGCGCUGGGUGCAAAACAACCUUGACCAACGUUGAUGUUCUUCCAAGGCAAGGUUGCUGAAUUGUUAAGGAAGGAAUUGUACCUACAUCAUCAAGAUGCCAGCUAAACUAAGAGUUAUGAUCAGGCUUGCACGCCAUGGCUGUACGAACCGACCAUUCUAUCAUCUUGUUGCCAUACACAACAGACGUGGCCGUGACAGCCCAGCAGUUCUAGAGCAGCUUGGAACGUAUGACCCAAUGCCAAAUAACCACAACGAGAAACUUGUUAGCUUUGACUUUGGAAGGAUCAAACAUUGGUUAGCAACAGGAGCAAAGCCAACAAGACCAGUCGCUAUGUUACUGGGAUUAUCCGGCUUCCUUCCUCUCCAUCCGAUGAGUACAGUGCUAGCAAGACGAGCGAGGGCCAAGGCUGAGGAGAAAGCGCAAGAAGAAGCUGAUGAAGCAGAGGAAGAAACAAACAGUUGAUGCUUAAGACUCUUGAACUUUUAUAUUGUAGAGACUUCAGAGUGGAAUAUGAUGCCUUGGAAUUAAGAGACAUCAUCACCGGGCUGAUCAUCACAAUGACUGAAUAUUUGAGGGGGAAAAUCACUAUACAGCUCACAGCUGUUAUGGGUCUGUUGAUUUCAGUAUCAGAGGCCUAUAUGCCUGUGAAGAUGAUGUUUUCUGGUUCAUGGAGUGGCCCUUUUUAUAACUAAUGCUUUCCAUUAACAAAGAAUGCUUGAUUUAUUGCGCACAACUUCAUGCUAAAAUUAAGCAUACAAAUUUGCUUAUCGACCCCUUGAACGAUGUGUUGGCACUACAUGCACCUAUACUGUCCACCAUUUUUUAGGAGUCAAAAUAUUCACAAAGGAAUUGAUUCCAAGAUGGUGUAAAAGGUAGGCCCUCAUUUUGUGAAGGUGUAUUCCGUGUUAACAAGGGGUCAGGAAAAUAAAAUUAGCUGUUGCAAACAACUUACCAACCAAAUGGACGAGGGUAUAAAUGCAAAAAAUAGUUGAUGGC